CCGUGUCCUGGCCUCGUCGCCGUGUAUCAGCGCUACAUGGAGGGUGCAGUUCGACACGAUCAACUGCGUCUCCAAGCAUACUCGAUGCAGAGGUCUAUCAGGUUCAACAAGUACUACAAGGGGCUCUUUCGCGGCCUGCUCGACAUGGCGUUGGUCAACGCCUACAUUAUUCACCGU